UCUUCCUCUAAUUUAUUUUUUCCCUUUUGUCUUUUCCUUUCCAUCCUCUGUCCAUCCAUGGCGGACAAACUCUUGACCGCCUCCAAUGGCGUUGUUCCCGAGCCCCCUCCACCAUUCGAGUGGCGCCGAGCUCCGUACCUUCAAAAUGGCGACCGGUUUUGGGACAAAGUCACCACUCAUCUCGACGACUUCAACUCUAACCCACCCACCAACACAGACACCGACACCAAACCCUUACUGUUGGAACCUGAAAUGGAGGUGGGCGAGACCACCGCUGAUGAUUUUCCAGCUUCUUCCAUUCCUCGUCUUUUGAUUGAACGAGGUGAUUUCCCAUACUCCUUGGUGGAAUACACACAUGCUACUCCUACCCUUCAAUCGGACUGGCUCAUUUGGUCCAUACAUAUUCUCAGCAGUAAGGGUUAUUGUGAUAUUCUCAGGAGAGCUAAUAUCCUUCAAUCUGUUUGUCUUGAUCCAGCUAGCCUAGAUGUGCUCCUUUCAAGGUGGAGUUGCGAGACUCACACCUUUGUGGCUGCUUGGGGUGAGUUCGCGCCCUCUUUGGAAGAUGUCUAUGUAUUAUUCCGUCUUCCCGUGUUAGGAUCAGCUGAUUCUGAUCUUUCCGUGGUUUCGGAAGAGGAACGGGAAAUAGUUGAUGCCUUGCGCAGCGCCGCCACAGAGGCGGCACAACGGGGCUCAAGCUCUGUUCAUCUAGAUUCGCCUCCUCCAUGUUCGUCAAAAUGCCCAACUUAUUCCCAGUGGUAUAGACACUUUUUCCGAAAUUAUGAACCUGCUUCUAAUGGGAUUGAGAUUGGUUCUGCCCAACAUCCUCGUAGAAGUGUCACAGGGCCUGAGUAUGGAAAAAGUUAUGAGCUAGCUGCAUUCUUAUCCUACUGGCUAGACCAGUUUAUUUUUGAAGGAAAACCCGAAGAUGGCAUUAACGAGAGAGUGUUCCCUUUGGCUGCGGCUCUCUCUUGUGGCCGCGCAUUGCCUCUUGCCCCCAUGUUUCUGGGGACUUUAUACUACAGGUUGGAUAUGCUGAAGGAAGAUUGGGCUCGAUCUCUCGGUCGGUAUGAAGUGACCACUUAUGUUUCUUGCUCAUUCUUGACUUUGUUUUUGUAUGAGCGCUUCCCGCUCUACGCUCCCAAAACCCUCUGUAUAAAAACUGAAAAAGACCAGUGUCAAGACUAUAGUCGUGCAAUGAAGUGGACUUGCCUCAUGACUUCCCGAAACUUGGCUGACUAUAUUGAUGGAUUUGAAAACUUCUGUGCCCGUCCAUAUGUUUUUGAGCAAAAUGGCAUUGUUUGUGGGGGUGCUGAAGAUGUUGUGACAGUGCUGAAGGAUGACUUCAACAUCAGCACUCUAAUAUUCAUUGCAAUUGUGUCCCAACGUGCUCUUCCCUACAUAACUGAAACGGGAGAGGGAGCAAUCGCAUACAACCCUUAUAGGAUUGCUCGCCAAUUUGGAUAUGACCAAGGUGUACCAGGGAUUACCAAUUGCCAAGGAUCAUAUACUUCCAGCUGCGAGCUUGCCGUUCAUCAGUGUUCUAGCUUCACUAUUCCCUCAGGCAAACGCGAAGGUAGGUACACUCUACGCUUUCGCAAGUAUUGGGCUAGCAUUUUGAAGAAGUUGUUUGCCUUCCCUUCUGGCUCUCCUCAACCAUUGGAACCGGUACCCAUUUUGGAAGAUGAUAUUUCCUUGAAAGCUCCCAAAAAGCGACCAGAUGUAACAGCUGGCGGCUUAAGCCGUUUUGCAAAAGCCAUGACCACCGCCACUGCUUCAGCAUCUCAAAAAACAUAUCAGGGACAUAGGUAUGCCACAAGUUGCGGCAAAAGACAACCUCCAUUGAUCAACUUAAGGCCAUGCAAGUCCAUGAAGAGCAUGAGAACGCUCUCCAAAACCAAUUCGGAUUUUGGCUCUUCGCUUGAUCAUGGUGCUGAUGAAGAUCCUGUCUCUCCACCUGUUUCUCCUAGUCGUCUUGAAGUUGAUGAGUUUACUGACACUGCUAAUAUCACCAACAAGUCACCUUCAGAGAGCGAGCAACAAGUGAGGUCAGCUGAAUCGCAGCGCUUGAGGCUCCUUGAUGACAUACUAAGAAGUCAGCUUGUGGUAUGUCAUGACAGCAUACCUGUUGCUUGGCUCCUUUCUCCGAGUGGUUCAAGACAAUUAUUCAAACUAUGUGCGGAUUAUGAAAAGAGGGAUAUAUCUGUUACCAAAGGUGUGUAUGCGAAUGAUGUUGUUGAGAAGGAGGUUGCAUCUCCUAACCCCGUCGAGAUCAGGGAUGGUGCUGAUGGUAGGCACUUAAAUUCGGAGGACAUCAAAUUGAACCUACCAGAAGCUGAAAGUAUAGAUGUAGCCUCUGCUUCAGUUUCAUCUUCAGGUUCUUCAGUAGCAAAGACCAGUCUUUCGCUGCCCCUUCCUCCACCUCGAGAGGAGAAUAUUGGCCCUGAUGAAUUAGUGCAAUGGCAGGGAUAUAAAUGUAGCUUCCGAAGCAUUUCAUACCUUGAUUGUAUAUCUCACAAACACCGCAAGACUUUUGAUAAUUUUAGAGUGAAAAGUGCCCAUUUUCAGGGAAUGUUCUUGGAUGCCCUUGCCAGUCUCAUUAAAUCUUUGGCAGGAAAAAGGUUUAGCCAAAUUACUAUCGACGAAAUCAAUGUUGCUAGAGAUCUAAUGAUGGAUUGGAAAUCCUCAGCGGGGUUGGAUCUGUCAUGGCUCGAGCAGAGGUACGCAGAUGCUAAUGCUAGACUUGCGGUUCAUGGACUUAACCAAGAAUCUGCACAUAUUUUGUUAGAAUUACAACAGACUGAUAAAAAAGUUACGGAUCUCCGUCAUGAUUUGGCGGUAGAGGAGGCAAAAGCUGCUUCUCUUAGAGCUAGGUGUGAUGAGCUGGCCCAGAAUCUCUCUUCUCAGCAAGCUAUUAUUGACCCUACCCUUAGCUUUGAAGAUGAAAUUUUAAAAGACUUAUUGAUUGAUCGUUCACACCCAGAAAAUUUCCCUAUCCUGACCAGCCAGUAAUUUGAUUCCACAUCACAUCUCUCUUCAACUUCUUGGCCCCUUUUGGCCUUUCCCAGGACUUGCAGCCCUCUUGUUUUUUAUGAACUUUGAGAGCUAUAAGGGCAAUGCUGUGAAAGAAUGAGUGUGUGUUUCAACGGCAUAUACGUAUGUUAACUUAUGAUACAAAUGGCUAGGAAACUUAGAAGCAAUGUAACUAGCUCACUUGCAUUUACUUAUAAUAGAAAUGGCUCAUUUGCAGCUCUUUUGCAAUGUGUUUUGUGUUUGUAUAUACAACUUGUGAUGUGUUCCUUGGUAACUUUUUCCUUUCUAUGAUCCAUCUAAAUUGGUUUAGGUUGAGUUUGCAUCAACCAAGUUGACAACCAUGUUGAUUGGUUGAGUGUUUCUUUUGUAUACCUGCAAAGUGGUAAAAUAGUUUGCAAAUUCAUUUGAAGUGAAUCAUAUAUGUAACACAACUAGGAUGAAAGGAAAUAAUACUUUAGUUAUUAUAGGAAAUUAUAAUGGAAUGCUCAACACCAAAUUGACACCAGUAUUUGAGAACUAAAAGUGUUUUUUAUGUACUUGCUUCAUGUCAGAACCUCAAACUGAUUCUGCAUCUCUCAAUCUAUUCGUAAGCCUAACAAAAAUCAAAAUUUAAUCACAAGAAAAAUAUGGCACAUAAUUUUUAAGUAUAGGCUCACACUAAAAGAAGUAUAGCACAAGCAUUUUAUAACAAUCCUAAAGGAUUAGUGCUUUUAGCAUAUGAUUGCAUCUCUAGAGAGUGAUCAACUCAAAUGACUCCAAGCUAACUGGGCACCUCAGACAUGGUAACUGCUGAUCUGCCUGUGCUGUUUGUGAGUUGAAAGGGGCUCCUCUUCCAAUUGAUGGUAGGUAUUACUGUCAACCCUUCAAGUAUUUGAUAAAUUUGACUCCCACCAGCUGAUAAAUUUAGUAACCCCAGCUAUACAGAAGAUUGAAAGUUCAAGGGUUGCUCUUAGCUCCUAGUUCUUCGAAGGCACCUAAAGAUUGUGUGACUCCUCUUAGAACUCCUCUAAGGCACCUAAAGAUUAUUUGUUGUCAAGUUCAUUAUAUUGGUGGACAAAGCCAUAGCAACUUUGCUUCAGUGUUUUCAUACUGUGAUUACAUCUACGGAACUGACAAGGUUACUAUGCAAUUAGUUUUAUGGCUAUACCUAUUUAUAGUUUCUGUUUUAACUCAGAACUAAUAAUUCUGUAAUGUAAUAAUGCUUCUUUGAUUUUUACUCAUCUGGGCUACAGGUAUCAAAAGAGGCUCCUAUGGCAGGUCAGUUAUUUUUCAUUUUCAUUUGUAUCAGAGUUGUUCGACAGCUUGAUUGAAACUUUUUUUCUUAUUUAUUCUAUAAACGUGUAGGGCAUCUAUUCAAUAUAUAGGUCAACCAGAGGCUGAUUGAAUUAUUAUAGCUGGUUGAAACUUUAUUAAUAUUAUUUUUUAAUAAUUUGGGUGAUCAAUAGUGAAUAGUGGGAACUCAGAAGUUUUAUGAAGUUGGAUUUUCACAUCUUUUGAUUGGUUGUUUUGGUUAUGAGACCUAUGUUAUUGCUAAAAAAAUGUUUAUUUAGUUGGUUACAUGUGAUGCUGGGAAGAAGGCAACUCAGGUCUUCUGUCUAAAUUUUGAUUUAUUAUGUGGCAGUGAUCCACCAAGUUCUAUUUCUUGUAUCCCUUAUGGGUUAGUUUGUUCUCACCAUUUCCUGUUGGUGUAAUUCAGUUGAAAGAUGAAUCAAAGAGCAAUGGACAGCAAAAUGGAUGCUCAUACAUCUCUGCUAGAGAUAUUAAAUAUGACUAGCUGAGGAACUUCUGGACUUUGGAGUGACAUUUACUUCUUCUGGUAUGCUCCUAAAUAGUGACGACUCUGUGGAACCUUUUGUUCAAGUUAACGAUGUCUGUUGUUCUCACUAUGCUAGUCUGGUAAAUUAGAAACUCUUAGUGCUUCAGAUGAGGAUUAACCAGGAGUUUAUUAGAAUUACAAUCUUAUGUACUUUGAGGGGAGGAUGUUAAAUAUUUUGCCAAGAUAACCUGAACUUCUGUUUUUUGACAGUAUGUUCAAAUUAGUAUCUUAUAAAUUUUGGCUCAUCAAUUUUGGAUGUGAAUUUCAUGAUGAGUUUCUAUCUGCAUCUCGAGUUCUAGAUUGAAAUUGUUGAUGGUCCUGUUGUGGUUUUGUACUUUAGACCAGUUUCAUUCUCAAAUUUUAAGACAUUAAUAUAGAAUAUUGUGUGAAACAAGCUGUAGAAAGAAAUAAAGGGACUCUUAUAUUCUUACCAAACUGUUCAGCUCGGAUUUCAUAUAGCUUGUGGGUGUGAAUUUUAGGAAUUCUAGUGUUGUAGCUUUAAGUUCAAUGGUCAACACAUCAUGUUUUUUUAAAAAAACUGAAAAAUGUAAGUCUUUGUUCAGGUUUAGUUUACAGGUAUGGACUUUUUUAUUUUAGUUGAUGGAUAUAACUGUAGAAUUUGGCACCACGGUAAGUGUUAAAAGGGAAAUAACCUAAGCAAUAACGAUUUUUUUAUUAGCUUUGCUGUUGUAUUUGUUAAAAAAUUACCUUUUCUUCCUUGUUUAACAUGGGGAAUUCACAUACUUCUUAGAUGCCUUUACCAAAUCAUUUACUUUUCAAACCUGCUCAGCCAUAGAUUCUACAUUUUGCUUAUGAUAAAAUCUAUUAUAUUUUAAAAUGGAUGAAUUUCUUUUGGCAAGGUAAGAGGACUGUCACCAAUGAGCACUAGCCUGGAUAGUUAUAAUUCUCUUUCCCAUAGAAAGGUAAGGCGAUGGUCCAUGUCUCAUUAUUGUGUUUUUUGCUUCUUUCAUAAGUCAAUACCUGUAACUAAUGCUCAUAUGUCUACAUCUCAUGCUCAUAUUUCUAAAUCUCAUUAGUACCUUAUUAUGAGGUUCUCUUUAACACAAGUCCAUCGUCAGUUAAGUUUUGCUAUUAAAGUUUCAUAGACCAUGGUACAUCAUUUAGAUGCAUAUUGUAUUGUUGUCUAUUUAUCAAGCUAUACUUGGUGUUUCACUGUUGUUUUCGGAUUUCAACUGUUAUUAAGGUUGAGCAGAGGAUCACUCUUUGAUAGAGGAGAGGAUCCAGGCUAUGUUUGCACCUUUCAGGGCUAAUUGUUGAGUUUGAGUUUUAUUGUUGACCUUUCUUAUUUUUGUUGUGUACAUACUUUAGUUUUGAUUCGAAAAUUAGAAUUCUAAUAAACUGUGUGAGUACUUUAGUUUUGUUCCGGAAAUUAGAAUUCUUAUAAAUUGUAUACAAGUAAAAUUUUUACAAUCCCUUCAAUUAUUGUACUUCUUUUAGAAACUGAUUUGAUUUAAAUUCAGAUUUAUUUAUUUAUGUUUUGUGAAAAACAAAUUAGUUGCUACGAAAUUGGAUUGUAGCAUAAGUCAAUAUAUUUGUAGGCAUUUGUUAAAGAGAAUCGCUACGUCCUACUAUUGUAGCAAAUCGCUUAUCAUUUGCUACAAAAUGAAAUUGUAGUAUCUAGAAUUAGAUUUGAAGCGAUUGACUUUCUGCUACUCCACCUUUUGCAAAUUUUUUUUUCUCUAGAAAGUUUUGUAGCAGAAAACCUAAUUUGUUGCAGUAACUCCAACUAUGGUGUGUCUUUUUCCUCUACCCUAUUUUCUGUUCCUAGAAUCCAUUUCCUGUAUGUUCCUCCAACUGGGGAUUUUUGUUAUACAUGCUAAUUUAGUUUUUUUGGGUAAAUUACAUUGACGUUUCCCAUAGAAAGUCUAAAUAAUAGGGACCUCCCCUGUGUUUAAAAGAUAACAUUGACCUCUCUUGUAAGUGUUGUCAGUUUAUCGAAGAUGUGAAAUGACAAUUACAUCCAUUAUACUUUUACCAUUACAACAUAUGGACAUAAAUGUCUUUUCAAGCGUUCUAGGGACAAAAUUGAGUUUUCAAAUUUUCUGGCAUGGCAUCAGCAAACAACACUGACCGAUUUUAUAACAAGAGAGGCGAGUAUUACUCUGACCAGAACUACAGGGGAGGUCAAUGUUAUUUUUGAAAGUAUAAGGGAGGUCCCCGUUAUUUAGGCAUUCUACAAGGGAGGUCAGUGUAAUUUACCCUAAUUUCUUUUCUCCCCUGCAGGCAUGUGUGAAUGGGAUCGCAAAGCACAAUCCCUUAACAACACCUAGUUCAGUAAAUAGGAGGUUACUGGUUAAAUUUUUAUCUAAAUCCAUAGAAAAGAAGUCUCAGGUUUCAAACUAAUGGUGCAUGUGUUUAUCAAAUUCUCUCACUAAUAUAAGGAUAGAACACCACUUGAUCCCUCAUUCUCACAAAGCAAAACGACUGGACCAAGAUGGCACAUCCUCUCUUUAGUGUAAGUAGCUUUGUAACUUUAUAUUAUCAAAAAUUAAUUGUUCAGAGGUUCACUUGGUGGAGCACUAAAGUAACUAUGAUAUAGGAUGAUCCAGUCAACAUAAGAGAACUACUUUGAAUAUACACAUCAAUGUCUUAGUUCACCACACACACAAUUGGUAAGAAAUCAGAACUCUGUAUCUUUAAGGAUCUGCCUAGGAGGCAUACUAAACUCCUGAAAUCAAAUACAUUAUAAUUAGCAUAUAAACAUUUCCCUGAACUUCUCUUGUAUCAUUUGUGCAUAACAAUGAGAACAAGCUUCGAAAGAUUUCUAUGUGCAUAUUUUAUCCAACUCUUUCCCCCUGAAAACAAGAUUUGAAUUGAACAUUUCUUUAAGUCUAUUAUGGCAGCCAUAUGUGCCACACACUAAGAAGGGGCUCUGAGUUGCUAUAUGACCAAAAAUUCACCUUCGAAGAGUGAGCAACAGGCAAGGGCAGCUGAAUCGCAGCUCUUGAGGCUCCUUGAUAACAUACUAAAAACUCAGCUUCCGGUAUGUCUUGACAACAAACCUGCUGCUUGGUUCCUUUCAGAGGGUGCUUCAAGACAAUUAGUCAAACUCUUUGCCGAUGAUGAAAAGAGGGAUCUAUUUGAUGCCAUUGGUGGAUGCGUGGAUGAUGUUCUUGAGGUGUGAUCAGAGAUAGUGCUGGUGAUAGGCACUUAAACUCGGAGGACAUUAACUUGAACCUGCCAGAGGCUGAAAAUGUAAAUGCAGCACCCGCUUCAGUUUCAUCAACAGGUUCAGUACCCAAAACCAGUCUUGUGUCACCCCUUUUUCCACCUCAAGAGGAGAACAGUUGCCCUGCCAAAUUAGUGCAGUGGCGCGGUUAUAAAUGUAGCUUCCGAAGCAUUUCAUACCAUGAUUGCAUAUUUCACAAACACCCCAAGACUUUCGAUGAUUUUAGAUUGAAAAGUGCACAUUUUCAGGGGAUGUUCUAGGAUGCCCUCACAGGUCUAAUCAAUUCUUUGGCAGAAAAAAGGAUUAUUCAAAUUACUACCUACGAUAUCAAUGUUGCAAGAGAUUUAAUGAUGGGUUGGAAAUCCUCGGCUGGGUUGGAUCUAUAAUGGCUCGAGCAGAGGUAUGCAGAUGCACUAGACUUGCAGUCCUUGGACUUAACAAAACAUCUGCAAAGAUUUUGUCAGAAUUGCAAGAGACUGAUAAGUAUGUUAUGGAUCUCCAUCGCAGUUUGGCGGUAGAGGAGGCAAAAGCUGCUUCUCUUAGAGCCAAAUGCAAGCAGUUGGCCCAGAAUAUUUCUCAGCAAGCUCUUAUUGACACUACUCCUGGUUUUGAAGAUGAAAAUUUUGAAAGACUUAUUGACUGAUUGUUGACACCCGGUGGGGAUUUAGAGUCCACAACCUGUGAAAUGACCAAAUAGUAAUUUGAUACCACAUCACAUGGCCUCUGCAGCUUUUGGGUCUCUUAUGGCCUUUCACUGGACUUGCAGCCCUCUCUUUUUUUAUGAGCCUUUGAAAGCUACAAGGGCAAUGAAUGGUGACGGAAUGAAUGUGUGCUUUGAUGGCAUAUAAGUAUGUUAUGAUGGACAUGGUUAGUAUAAUUAGAAGCAAUGUAGCUAGCUCAUUUAAAGCUCUUUUGUAAUGUAUUUUGUGUGUGUAAACAACUUGUGAUGUGUUCCAUGAAUACAGUUUCUAAAUCCAACUUCUUAACGCCCCUCAUGUUGUUUGGCUCAUCUUUAUAAGCUUUUGCUCUCUCUCUCUCUCUCUCUCUCUCUCUCUCUCUCUCUGGAUGGCUUAAUCAAUAAUUGGAGUCUUUUGAUUUGGUAAAUUUAGGUUUGUGCGUUUAUAAUUGUACCUUGUAACUUAUUUCUUCAAUAUUAUUUUCAUAACUGUUAUAGCCUAUUCUAGUUAUUCUGAUUGAGCUGAGAGCAGCUCAGAUUUGAUUUUUGUUCUUGAGGUAGUCAGGUGUGAUAUAGGUUUUCUUUUUCAUGGUUUUAGCACUUGUUUUGUCAUUUGUUUUUUUCGCUGCUUCAUCUCUCUUGUUUAUUUUCAAGCAUGAAUUAUCAAGAUUAUAGUUUGUCGUUUGUGAAUUUAGGGUUGAUUGUGAACUACAAUUUGAAUCUAAAUGCAUCCUUCCGAAAUUUCAGUGGAAUUCAGUCAAUUUGAGAUUUAUAAUUUUUAGUUAUUCUCUGAAUUUAGCUAAACCUUUGAAUAAUUUCAGAGAAGCAUGCAUGAGUCUUGUCUGAGAUUCUUAUUUAAUGCCUUUGUCCCUUAAUAGAAUACUAACCUAGGAGUGUUCGGGUCUCUUUACUUUAGGCUCUGCAAGUUAGCAUUUUCUUCCUCUGUUUUAUUACUUGUGUUACUGGUUCUUGGUGAGGAAUGGGGAUUAUGUGAGCCACUGGUUCUUCUUUAUUUUCAUUACCUAUCAAAAUGAAGGGGAAUAAGGAUUCUUGGUGAGGAAUGGGGAUUAUGUUCUUGAUGUUGCACUAUAACCAUAAGUGAUAUGAUAUUUUGAUAUUGUUCUUCUCUAUUUGUGUUGCUAAUGUCUUUCACUGCUCUUCAAAUUCUCUUCAGGUAAAUUCUCUUAGUGUCUGAUUGUUCAAUGUAUCAGGAUGGCACUUUUUUCAAGUCUGUUUAGUGUAUAAUGUUGCUUAUUAGUAUCACUUCAUGCUUGCAGUUGCAGAUGACAUAAUGAAUGAUGGAAACCAAGUUGAGUUGGUUGUAGACCAAUUUGGCAAGUUGUAUCAGUAAUAAUGCUUGCAGAUGUCAUCCUUCAUUGUAUCAGUUCAUGCAAGGAAUUUUCUUCUCCUCCCUGCAUACUUAAAUGGUUGCCGGAAAUGGUUGCAAAAUUUGGUGGCAUUCUUGGAUGCAAGUCAUCAUCUUUGAUGGCAUUACUAGGUUCGGUACUUAUUAUUUUUCUUGUACAUGCUCAGAUUUUAUAUGAUCAGCCUUGUAAAAGUUCAAUAAUUCAAUAGUUAUUAUUAUCUCUUAGGUCCAUACUAGUACAUGUUCAGAAAUUUAUCUUCCUCCUUGUUUCAGGGGAGGUAUGCCUCUUUAAAGCCUUGUACAUGUUCAAUACUUAAUAAUUAUCUUUUAUCAAUUCCAUAUUUGAGUUUUAGAAUCUUAUUGCUCUUUUUUUCCUUUCUUCAUUUUGAGCAGCCCCAAAUUUUUUUAUUUUUAUUUUUAAAAAACACUGAUAUAUGAUAAGUAUUGGAGGAUUUCUUCCAAUCAAUAAUAGAGCAAAGAUCAAUUAUUGGUAGUUAUGAU